CAUCUCAGUCGGCGAUCUCUAGUUAAGUCUCUGGAGUCUUGACUCUCCUCACUCAAUCGACUCAUCCCUCCACCUCCAUCCUUUGGUCACACUCGCUAUUCCUUUUCUCCAACCACUGCGAAUUUUCAACAGACGUUCGACCGUUGGCAACCAUGCCUGGAAGGGUCCUACCCACGUUCACCGCCGCCGAGGUCGAGUCGCAUAACAAUGCCGACUCGUGCUAUGUGACGAUCGGCUCCCAAGUUUACGACAUCACUCCGUUCGUCGAGGACCACCCGGGAGGCGGGGAUUUGAUUUUGGAAUAUGCGGGCAAGGAUGUGAAGGAGAUUUUGCGCGACGUCGGAUCCCACCAACACUCCGAGUCCGCCUACGAAAUUCUCCAAGAUAACCUCGUCGGCUUCCUCGUCUCGGAUUCGGAGGCGAAAUCCUCCAAGACGCAAACUUGCUCUUCAUCCGGCCCCGUUUACGCGACCACCGGCAUGUCCCGCGAAGAGGACCUCUCCGUCGACACCGACUACACUCACGACUAUAAGACACACAAGUUUCUGGAUCUCAAUCAACCGCUCCUGCUCCAGCUGUGGAAUAGCGGUUUCAGCAAAGAGUUCUAUUUGGAGCAGAUCCAUCGCCCGCGUCACUACAAAGGAGGAGAGUCGGCCCCGUUGUUCGGCAACUUCCUGGAGCCCUUGAGCAAAACUGCAUGGUAUGUGGUGCCGAUUGUCUGGUUGCCCCCCGUCUCCUACGGAACCUACUUGGGUUUUGCUGGACUGGGUAAUGUACCGGCAGCGGCCGCCUAUUGGUUGGGUGGCCUAUUCCUCUGGAGUCUCAUCGAGUAUCUCAUGCACCGUUUCUUGUUCCACAUCGAUGGUUUUCUCCCGGACAAUCGAGUUGGACUCUGCCUCCACUUCCUUCUUCACGGCAUUCACCAUUACCUGCCGAUGGACAGGUAUCGACUCGUGAUGCCUCCGACCCUGUUCGUCGUGUUGGCGGCGCCGUUCUGGAAGUUGGCCCACACGGUCUUCUUUUACAACUGGCAUGCGGCGCUGCUGGUAUACUGCGGUGGUGUCUUUGGCUACAUCUGCUAUGACCUGACCCUAUGAGAAUGGGUAUGGAGUCACGAGCCGCUUCUGGGACCGCAUCUUUGGUACGGAACUGGUGACGCCGCCGCCCAAGGAUGUGAAGACCCAAUAGAUACUGUCGUCCCGUCGGUUUUUCUCCUUGCCCACUUGGGGAGGAUGGAGAGGUCACUUCUCCGUCUAACACUCAUCCUCCAUCUAUACGAAGUAAUGCUGGGUU